CCGUCCUAUAUAAAUUGUAACCCCAUUGCAAAAGCUCUUCCGCCUUCUUUUCCCUCUCUAAUUAUCCUUGCUUUCACUUCAAAUCUUUGUGGAACAUCAAUUCCUUUCACAUUCUCUCUUGAUCUCCCUCUUCUUAGUCUUAUAUAUUAUAUUUAUAUAUAUAUACAGCUUCUUCAACCAACACUUUCAUCAGCAUCGGCUUCGGUGCAGCACAGAGUGAGUUUUUUCUAGGAUCUGACUCUUUGUAACUCAACAUAGCUUGCGUCAGAGACAUGGACGAGAUUAAUCGAUGGGCAGACAUUAAUGAAGAUUUGUUUAAAGAAAUUUCAAAACGGUUCCAUGCCUACGAUGAUUACAUCCAGCUUCGAUUGGUUUGCAAAGAGUGGAGCUUGAAACUUGCAAAGAUUCCCAAUGGAAACAAAAUUCCGUGGUUAUUGUUACCUGACGAAACUGUCAAGAAUCAUUCCUACGAAGACGAGGAGAUUUAUCAUCUCAUGCAAUUAGCUGCUGCAGAUGAUGAAACUCUUGAUACUUGCGUCCUUGAAGAGAAAGAUAUUUACCAUAUCAUGCUGCCAGAGAUGCAGUCGGACAACAAGUUCAUCCGCGGUUCUGGUCAUGGAUGGGUGAUUGUCCAAUCCAUAUCUGAUGGCACUAUACAAAUGUUAAAUCCAUUUACAAAUCGUAGUUUGGAUCUUCCUCCAGUCUCAACUUUACCCGAUAUAAUUGAUUACCAGCCUGAUAAUCAUGGGGAUGAAUACACACUGUGGGAUUUUCGUGACAUUAGGAUCACCCUGGAUAGAGAUAGCGUGCAUAGAUUCGAAGUUUAUAAGGUUAUUAUAAACUCAUCUCCUGAGCAUGACAUUGAAAAUUUUAUGGCGGUGGUGAUAUUCGGACCUAACCAGAGAUUGGCCUUUUACAAGCCUGGCAAUAUGAGAUGGGUAGAAUUUCCAACCAGAGAUAAGAGGUUUGAGGACGUAAUAUUUUUCCAAGAAAAGAUAUAUGCCAUAAACAAUGACGGGCAGCUAUAUGAAUUUGAUACAAAGAUAAGAGCAGGGCUUAAGGGAGGAAUCCAUGAAACCAGACCUCCAUCCGAAAUUCCCGUAGGCCCUCACGAGCCUAAAUGUCUUAUUGGGUGCGCCAAUGGAAGCUUAUUGAUGUUGGUAAGAUAUCUUCGCCAUCCCUUCUUGAGGAGAAUACGCAGGGAUUUUGAAACUUACAAAUUCGAUAUCUAUGAGUUAAAAAGAAACAGAAAAGAGUGGUCAACAUUAGAUAAUUUAGGUAACUAUAUACUAGUGAUUGGCUUUAAUUCUUCUGUUCAAAUUCCUGUGCCUUUUCUAAGCAAAGGAAAUCAGAUUUGGUUUACAGAUAACCAAACAGCGAUGCAAUCAUCAUUUUACGGUCCUGUUCCUCAAGAUAUCGGCAUCUUCGACUUGGACCAUGGAAGUUUCCAGAGAGUAUUGUUAGAAGUGAAGUUCUUUUGCCCUCCUGUUUGGUUGUUACCCUAAUUCAUACUCCUUAAGCUUUUGUCAUUGUAGUUUAAUCUUUUCAAAUUUCAAAUCUUUUAAUUUGUUUAGACUAUUUGUUAUAUAUGGUUAAAUAUUAGUUCUUCCAAUUCCAAUCGUACCAUUCUCCCUGAAUGGUGAAUACAUGUUUCCAAAUUAUUA